AAGGGAAGUGAACGUAUGCUGGUCUGGCCCAAACGCGGCUGCAUCCCCGUGCCAGAUCAAGGAGUAGUAACGCCAACGUUAGAAUUUUGUCUUUUGUUUCAUUUCUUUCUAUUUAUUUCGUCGGCGAGGACUUCGAGCUCAGAGGUUGUAACAUCGUUGAAACGAGUGGCUUGUGAUACGGGGAUCGGGUCGGGAAAAUACUGCGAGCACCGGUUUUCAUGCAUGAUUUGUGAUCAAGUAGUCGAAAGCGUAUUCAGGCAGCCUUCACAGGCAUAUAAACAAAAAUGGAGUUAAGGAAAGAGGAGGCGCAGAUCUGUCGCCUCUGUGGCCAGUAUGAGAGUAUAUAUAUUGACGUGUUCGGCGAGGAAGGCACCAAGCGAUUUUUAGGACUGAAGAUUCAUACUAAAAUCAACAUUCUGAUAGAUGAAAGGGAUCCUCUGCCCAAGGCGAUCUGUGUUCAAUGUCUGGGCAAGCUCGAAUUCGUUUGCGACUUCCAAGAGGAGUGUCUUCGCACCCAACAAGUGUUACGCGAUCGAUACAAUCUACCACCCUUAACAGAGAUUAUAAAAGAAAAUGAUGGACUACCGCAGAUUGUUUGUAUGCAGUGUUUGGGUACACUGGAGUUCUUAUGUGAUUUUUAUGAGCGCUGUCAUCUUGCUCAAAAAGGAUUUGCUCAGAAAGCUAGUCAAAAUACAAGAGAGGAAAAGUGCCAGGGAGACAGUGAUGUAGAAUCAGAUAAGGAGAACACUGUCCGAUCAAGGAAUGGUACCAAAUGGAAAGUCAAGAUUUCAUCACCUGACAAUUUAAAGAGUACAAAAAAUUGUCUUUCUGAAGAUAACACAUACAAGACUGAAAGGAAAAAGAAAAGUGUUAAUCUCGUAGAUAAUAAUUCCACUAAUAAUAAUUAUUCAGUUACACAAACAGUACAAUUAAGCAAUGUAACUUUAUAUGAAAAAAUCCCAGGAAAUGAUCAACAUAACAUUGGUAGUUUAAAACGUAGGAAUUUAAAAAAUAAUAUUAUAAAAAAGUCUGCAAUUCGUACAAAGUUAACAAAUAGGUCGUCGCAAAAAGAUGAGAAGGAUAUUGGUAUCAAACCAGGCCAGCCACGAUGUAAAAGAGGACAGAAAAGUAAAUUCGAGAAGAUGAGAGGAACAAUCCGAAAUGAUUGUUUUUUUAAGGUCCGUUGCGAAACUGAUUUCUCUCUGACAAACAGGAGUGAUAAUUUUGAUAAUAAUAAAAGAAACAAAAAUUUGAACAAUGAACGCGAAAGAAGUAGCCUACCUGUUAUUUGUAAUAAUGAUAAUUCCAAUAAGGUGAUCAAUGAUGUUAUGACUUCGCCAUCUCAAAUCGAUGUGGAACAGGUUAUUGAUACACCCUCGAAUAUAGAUUUUACUAAAAGCAAUGAAGCUCAUAUAGUGAUUCAUAAAUCACCAGAAAUAAAAUCUAAUAAUGAAUGCAUGGAGAAACCUGGCAAUUGUUUGAACAAUACAGAAGACUGUUCUGUAAAAAGUAAAGCAAUAUUGGCUUCAAAAGAAGAAAAAGGAGAAGCAGAAAAUACUUCUUCUCUUAAACAGAAUGAAAAUUUAAUGAGGAAUGAAAGUUUGCUGGCAGAAGAAUCUGAAAAAACUGAAGAUAGUAAGACUAAUUUAAUAACAGUACAUGACAAUAAUUCUGAUAUAGAAAUUAUUUCUGUUCAUAAUAAUCAACAGUCUGAAAUAUUCACAGAACAAAAUCGUAUUGCUGUUAUAAAAUCUUCUUCUAAUAAAGUAUCAAAUCCAAAGACGAUGCAGGAAGAUUGUACAGAAGUUUGUAUUGGGAUAGAUGAAAGUAUCAAUGAAAAUAUCAAAAAUGAAGAAUGCAAUAUUCUCAAUGAACAUUCAUUAUCUCGACACAAUCAAAAUAGUUUUAGUGGGACUCAAAGUAAAAAUAGACCGUUUGGUAAAAUUUCCAAAUUAAUAAGUGAUGAACAGAAACAAAUCAUUGAAACUUAUUACGUGGUGAAUAUGUCAGUGAUAAAUUCGGAAGAAGUACAAAGAAAUAUAACGGUAGCGGAUCAAAAAAAAAUACGCUGCAAUAUUUGUGGGAAUCUCUAUCUUAGAAUGGAUAAGUGUCAAGUACAUAUUUGGGGACAUUUACAAAUGAAACCAUAUCAAUGCAAAGCUUGUGAUUUUGCUACAGUUACUGUUAGCAAUGUUCGUUGCCAUAUCAGAAAAUGUCACUUGAAAUUACGUCCGUUCGAGUGCCAUUUGUGUGAAAAACGAUAUGUAACUGCUAUAUUAUUAGAAGAACACAUUAAUACUCAUACAGGUGCGCGUCCAUACAAGUGCGAACUCUGUGACUUUGCAGGUUCCAGUAGACAAACGCUAAGUUACCAUAGGGCUACUCACAAACUACUAAAGGAUGUUAGCUGCAAAAUUUGUGGGAAAGAGUUUUACUCAAAAACUAGAUUACGCGCACACAUGAUUGUACAUAACAAGGAUAAAGCUGUUAUGUGUAAAUUAUGUUCUGCUUAUUUAUCUAACGCAGAAGCAUUAGAAAUGCAUCAUAAAAAUAUUCACAUGCAAGAUUACGUGUGUAAUGUAUGCGGAAAAUGUGUCAAAUCAAGAAAAGCUUUAUACAAUCAUCAAAAUGUUCAUGCUGCAGCAAAAUAUAAAUGUACUCUAUGUCCAAAUGUGUAUAAGAGUAGCCAAAUACUAAAAGAACAUCUUUUGAAGCAUGAAGGUAUCAGAAAGUACAAAUGUAAUGUCUGUGAAAAAUCGUUUGGUCAACAAUCUCAUUUAGCUGCUCAUAUGGCAGUGCAUAGUAAAAUUAGAUUCCAUUGCCCCGGGUGUAGCAAACCUUUCAAUCGUUUAGAUAAUAUGAAAAUGCACACUAAACGAUGCAAACCAUUUUUGGCAAAUCCAGAUUUGAAAAGGCUUUUAAAUAGCAGAGAAAGGACUAUAUCGUUCGAUAACGUAACAGAAUUAACUGCAGAACUAAAGACUGGAAAUAUCACAAAUUCCGUGUCUCCAGUUUCUCUACAAAAUCAGAAUGGUGAUAUAUCAGUAAAGACUGAGGAAGAGACUGUGUUAAAUCUUUGCAAAUUAGAACAGAAUAUUUCUUUGAUUGAAUCGACAGAUAAAGCAUGUAAUUCUGAUAAGAAUUAUGGAAAAGAAGUGACGAAAUCUACCGAUAUUGAUGUAGUUAAAAUUGCAAUUACUAAUGACAGAUUAAUUCCAGAAAACGAAAAUUUGCCAGUUUUUGAAAAUAUCUUGGGACCGGAAAACUAUUAAUAACUUCCUUGUUAAAUUAUGAACGCAAUUAAAUUUAAAUAAUGAACAUAAUUUAAUAAAUUUAAUUAGAAAGUUGUUAAUAAACUUGUUAAUUUAGUUAAAAAGUAACAACUUUCUCAUUAAAUCAUAUUCAUUAGUUUAAAAUAUUUAAAAAUACUUAUUUUUAAAUAUUAAUACUUAUUUUCGUACAGAAAU